UAGGAGGAGCGGCGGUAUCAUGCGGGAGUCACAUGAAUGUAAAGGAUGAGGCCUGAUCAACAAGGGAGCAUCUCGAGGAGACAGCCGCUGCACAGUGUGUGUCCCUGGGUGGGCGUUUGGUGUUUCCUGUGAAGGUCCUGCAUAAGCAGCCCCCUGCAGCCCCCUUGCCCUGAUUGUAUGCAAUGAAUAGCACCACUCCGUCCCCCACCAUCAAUGGGGAUGUGGCGGUCAGCUAUGUGUUGGUGCCAUUCUUCCUCAUCACCGUCAUUGGAAUAGCUGCAGCGGUGAUCUUGUAUAUUCGUAAAAAACGGAGACUUGAUAGACUUCGCCAUCAGUUGCUACCAAUCUACUCCUAUGACCCCUCAGAGGAGGUGAAUGAAGCUGAGCAAGAGAUGCUGUGGCGAGAAGAGGACACCAGAGUUGUUCAAGGUUGGGCAAGAAGGUACCAACAACGACGCCCUCUUCUGACCGAAGAUGCUUGAAGAAUACAAACCAUGACAAUGCAAGACAAAUAUCUGCACUAACAACAAAAGCAUUGCUUCCCCCCCCCGGCUUCCCCUUUAAUGUUUCAAUACAACAAGUCAGGCAUUUGCAGUACGAACAACCUUCAUCAUAUUUAUUUCUUCACAAUCUUUUACUGGAUUUUGGUGACCCGUGUUAAAACGGAACAUCUUUCCAGAGCAUAUAAAUUUCUUUUCGUUUAAUUCAGUCCCGUGCCUACCGCUCACACGUCAGUCCAGCUAAUCGAGUAUUCCUGAACAUUCUGGACCCGCCAUUGUGUUGGAAUUCAUUCUGGACUGCAGCUUUUGCGGCGCCUUAGGAAAAACACCUUCGCAGAUCACAAAAGAGAAAGUAAUCAUCUCUCUGAAUAAGUGAGCUGUUCAUGAAAACAAAAAGUUUUCGGGUGACUCACUUUCUAUUUCAUUCAAAGAAUGCCGAGGAUCUUUUUUUUUUUUAUUUUCCCCCCUCGAAAAAAAACAAAACAAAAAACAUCCGUGUCCCGUGAUCUAGAUCGUGUGGGUUUUGCCAAAUCCUGUGAGUCGCAAGGAUGGCAUGAAAACCUCAGGAUGAACAUAAACAAGAUCCGGCGUUCUUCUGAAUGACUCCCGCUCCAAAUAUGUCCUGUGCAGAAGACGUGACAGCAGCACAGGUUCACCCUCCAGCCAGAGAUGAAUGCCAUGGUUGUGACUGUAUCCAAUGAUAGGACCCCCCCCCCCCCCCAUUUAUUCAAAGCCAUUCUGGACUCUUAGUAGUUAGUGCCGACGCAUCACACAGAAUGUACUAGUUCAGUGCAUUUGAGCAAGUUAUGCAAUGUGAUUGAGAGACCAGGUUAUUUGGUUGAAAUGUAAACCUCAUCUGAUUCGUUGAGCCACGUUUUCCUCAAACUAUUUUAACUCUUGUACGGUCAUACGAGAAUUGUACUUGUUACUGAGCCACUGAAUUCUACUACAGCUUGAAUGGAUCGAUGUAAAUUUUGUCUGCACUGUUAUGAAACCCACCUCUGAGAUAUUCUUUCUGCUCUCAGUUGUUGCUUUUAAGUUUGCUGAAGAAAACAUUUGUCAAUGUAGAUUUUUUUUUUUUUUUAAACGUCUGAGGAUUGCAUUGUCGGUACAACAGGAUCAGUCAUUACUAGUUUAUUACACUGGGUGUAAUGACAGAAUAUAUACUUUGACCAAAAACAUUUUGUUUUGUUAUUUGUAAAUGUAGAUUUUGCAUUGAGAGAUUUACUCGUCUCGAAGCUUACUGUUUUGAUCCUAUAGAGCUCGUGGACCUACGUCACCGAAGUCACGUGACUGGCCAUAUUGACGGUCUAGCAAAGCAUUCUUCAAUGCUAAGUUGGUUGGAGACGGCACGAAAAUACGUCUUAUAGUACGACGCCCAGAGUUUUGUCCGAUACCGUUAAACGUUUAGAAGGUUAUAAUAAACAAAGGUACAUGGAAAAAUGAGAGACACUUGGCAUAGAGGACCCAUAUUUAAUGCCGAAGUCGAUGUUUUCGCCGAAAAGAAAGUGGACUGUUAACCCGCUUCUGCUUGUCUUGGACAACUGAAGCUACACAUGGAUCUGGUGAAUAAGUUGUCAAGAAUUACACGGAUGAGUUUGAAAGCGUAGAAAAGUCUGGACGCUUACAAAAUACUUUGUUGCUGGAUCUGUUCUCAAUCAAGAAUAAAUCCCACAUUGUGAUGGAGCCACUCAGAUUUUUUUCAAUACAAAUACCAAUAUUUAAAUAAAUGACCCCUGGUUAGAGCACUGGUUUGGUAAACCAGAGGUUGUGGGUUCGUAUCCCACUGGGGCCUCCACUCCCUGAGAAGGGUUGCGUCAGGAAGGGCAUCCGGCGUAAAAAUUGUGCCAAACAUAUAUAUGCGUUCAUCUGAGAUGACACGCUGUGGCAACCCCGAAAGGGACAAGCCGAAAGAAACACACACACCCCUGGUUUUACACAAAUUCGCAUUCAUUAACUAUGAUGGGGGGGGGUGAAGACAGCGAGUCGGCUCCUGUGUGCACGAAGUGUGUUGCGGCCACACGUUAAACUUUGGUAAACCUCUCUGUGACGUUUUUUUUUUUAAAUAUGCAUUGUUCUCAAAUGAGUCCAAUGCGUAUUUA